CUGGCGUUUCGAGGUCAACAGCAUGGAACAGUGCAUGCCGGCGACAAGCUACGUGUUGAGACUUCCGGCUACAAAAGUAUAUGGGUUGAGAACAUGUGUCUCUGCGGGCGAUAUCUGCGUGAAUGAACCAUUGCUCUUCAAUAAAUAAAAACAUGGCGGCUGCUUUUCGCCACACACGCCGCUGCUCGCACGUUCUGAAGUCCGCCCUUGAGCAUCAACGGAGCUUGGCCUCUGCAGCAGGAAGGAGCAGCAAAGAUGACGCGCUACCUGUUUUUCAGUACGCGGGAGCGAGCUCCAGAAGAAAAGGUCGUGUAUUCGUAUGGGGAUUCUCCAACACUGGUGCAUUGGGUAUUCCCAGUUUUGUGGCCCCUGAUACAGGAAGAAAGAAACCCAAAAAAUAUCAGUUAACUCCCUAUAGGCUAGAUAUGGAUGAGAAGAUAUCUUCAGCAGCCUGUGGCUAUGGCUUCACCCUGUUGUCCUCCAGCACAAGUGAUAUUACAAAGGUUUGGGGAAUGGGACUGAAUAAGGAUUCCCAAAUUGGGUUUCACAGGAGUCGGAGAGAUCGAACUAAAGGGUACGAAUACGUGCUGGAGCCUUCACCAGUUCCGCUGCCGUUGGACAAGCCACAAGAAACACGGGUACUACAAGUGUCGUGUGGGAGAGCUCACUCAUUAAUUCUGACUGACAAAGAAGGAGUUUUCAGCUUGGGAAAUAAUGCUUAUGGGCAAUGUGCAAGAAAAAUUGUUGAAGGAGAAAUAUACAGUGAAAGCCACCUAAUACACAGGGUCAAGCAGCUAGACAGCAAUGUGGUUCAGGUUGUGUGUGGUCAGGACCACAGUCUCUUCAGAACUGAUAUAGGGGAUGUCUAUUCCUGUGGCUGGGGCGCUGACGGACAGACGGGACUUGGCCAUUAUGGCAUCUGCAGUGUUCCCACAAAGCUAGGUGGGGAUUUGUUGGGUGUGAAUAUCAUUCAGGUGGCUACGUACGGAGAUUGCUGUCUGGCUGUUUCAGAGGACGGAGACCUCUUUGGUUGGGGAAACUCGGAGUACCUCCAGCUUGCAUCUGUCUCUGACACCACACAGGUGAAUGUCCCCCGACACUUACCAUUUAAGCAUCUUGGUAAAGUUAAGCAAGCUGUGUGUGGAGGCACUGGAUGUGCGGUUUUAAAUGGAGAAGGGAAUGUGUUUGUCUGGGGUUACGGAAUCCUUGGAAAAGGACCAAACUUAAUGGAGGCGCAGAUACCAGAGAUGAUCCCACCUACACUUUUUGGCAUGUCAGAAUUCAACCCAGAUGUCAUGGUCUCCCAGAUCUGCUCAGGAAUGGGACACUUUGCUGCAGUAAACAAUCGAGGAGAGCUGUUUGUGUGGGGUAAAAAUAUGAGAGGUUGUUUGGGCACUGGAAGACUUGAAGAUCAGUACUUUCCGUGGAGAGUCACUGUUCCUGGAGAAGUUAUUAAUAUUGCUUGCGGAGUAGACCAUAUGGUGGCCCUCGUGAAGUCACUUGUCUGAGAAAAAGGAUUAAUGCAAUGCUUGCAAUAUUUAAUAAGAUACUUUUAUCCCUCCACAUUUCGGUGAACUCAUUAACAAAUGAAUGCAGAAUACCAGAGUCUCAUAUUUUGCUCGAAAAAUACAAUUUGCAUGUCUGAAUCUCUCUCUCUACGAUGUAAAAAUAAUGGUCCAAUAACUAUGAAGGCUACAGCAGAGAAGUAUUAUUGCAAAAUGUGGGGAUAAAUAAAUUGAGCUUCACUUCCCAUUGUGAAUGAGUCGGGAGAUGUGUCCUGUCACAAAGGAGGA